UUUAUCAAAGAUUCUCUGUCUAUACAGCCAGCCAGAUAUAUAUAUAUAUAUACAGGUGUAUGUAAUGAUUCAUACAAAAAAUUAGAGGGGCUGUAUUGAGUGUUUUUGACAGUUGAUUAGCUGGAAGCAUUUGCUGAUUUGCUCUUUCUGUGUGUUUGUUCCUCUUCUUCCACUAAGUUUAACAGAGCAGAAGUUCAACAACACCCAAAUAUAGCUGGAAAAUAAGUGUGAUGGCGGUAGAGCUUGUCAACUCUGCAACAAGUGACAAACUCACUGAAAUAGAUUGGACAAAAAAUAUUGAAAUAUGUGAAUUGGUUGCACGUGAUCACAAGCAAGCUAGAGAUGUCAUCAAAGCUAUAAAGAAACGGCUGGGAAGUAAAAGCCCAAACUCACAACUCUUCUCAGUAAAUUUGCUGGAAAUGUUGAUAAACAAUAUUGGAGAACCUGUUCAUAAGCAGGUUAUUGAUACAGGAAUCCUUCCAAUACUUGUAAAGAUAGUAAAGAAAAAGUCAGAUCUACCUGUACGAGAGAAGAUAUUUCUUCUUCUAGAUGCUGCACAAACUUCUCUUGGCGGAGCUUCUGGGAGGUUCCCUCAGUAUUAUUCCUCAUAUUAUGAGUUAGUGAGUGCAGGCGUGGAGUUUCCUCAAAGAUCUCUUGUCUCCGCUGAACCGCCUGCACCCUCAAAUGAGAAUAGAAAUAAUCAAAGAGACAACGAUCAUGUCUCUUCUAGAUGUGAAAUGAAAUUCCCACAAGCAGAGCCUCAAAAAGUUCCGGACAACAGUAUCCUACAGAAGGCUGCCACUGCUCUGGAGGUUCUAAGAGAAGUCCUUGAUGCUGUCGACCCUCAGCAUCCUGAGGGAGCAAAGGAUGAGUUCACGCUUGAUCUUGUGGAGCAAUGUUCGUUUCAAAAGCAACGAGUAAUGCAUCUUGCUAUAAGUUCCCGGGAUGAAAAGGUGGUCUCCCAAGCUGCCGAGCUGAACGAGAAACUUGAUAGAGUUCUCAAAAGACACGAUGCACUUCUUUCUGUUAGGCCAACCUCUACUUCAAAUCCACAUGAUCAUGGCCAGUCAGAAGAAGAAGAGGAGCCUGAACAGCUUUUCCGAAGGAUAAGAAAAGGAAAAGCUCGGUUACAGCCGGAAGAUGAAGGCAGCAAAGUAGAACGUCCUUUUGGAUUGCUAGGAUCUGCAGUUCCAGGGGAUAUGCUACAUCGUCCACUUAUAAGACCGGUGGUUACAGAGCAGAAGCAAGAAAACAACAUUGAAAAAACAGCUGCUGUAGCAAUUCCUCCACCACCUGCAAAACAUGCUGAGAGAGAAAAAUUCUUCCAGAAUAACAGGUCUGAUGGCUCGGCUCCAUCCGGUCACAUGAGGGGCCUCUCCUUACAUAGUCGAAACGCCAGCAGCUCUCGCAGUGGCAGCAUUGAUUUCAGUGAAUAGUAUGCUUUCUUAUGUUAUAUGUUUAUCCCCUUUUUAUUUGAAGUUUCUUUCACCUGUAUCAAGCUUUCUUCUUGAGUGCCAUUUUAAGAUAUGUAUGUGGAUAUUGUGUGGGUUGAGGGUUGGAAGUUAUCAACAUUCUUAUAUGCCAAUUUAAAUUUGACAAUCUGUUACAUAUACUAUACAACAAACAUUUGUCUGCA